AUGUCUGCCGACCUUUGUGAUGCGGUCUACAUUGACGACCGAUUCGGGACGGAAAGAUGGGUGUAUAGAGACGAAUUACUCGACCGUGAGGCCGCAGGUGAACUUUCCGUCGUAUUCCCAGACGAACCAGAAAGGCUGCAGUCAACGGUGAAAGUGCUUUUCAAUGUUUGCAAGAGAAUCUACCUUUGUCACUCCAACCAGUCAUUUGCAGCCGCCCUUGCCGAUUUGAGCGAUCAAGCUGGAUCAGAAUGCACGCCUAUCUUCGCCUUGAUUGAUGUCGAGUCGACUGGUGGACCCGCUGCGUCGCGACGACAAGGAGCCCGUGACUUUGAAGGCAGCUUAACGUUGGAUUCGGCGGCUCCUUUCUCGAGCUGCUUCAGCUUCUCUUCGGAAUCCGCCGACUCGUAUGGUGUUCAACUAGUAGCCCUACUGGCAUCCGAUCUACAGUUACAAGACGGCCCAAAACUCAUCACGCCUAUUGCCGUGAUGCGGACUCCAGGAGGCUUGGGAGAAGAGGCGGAAAAACUAGAGCUACCACAACUAUCGCAGAUCAUGUGCUCUACAUCGUUAGCAUUACCGAGCCUGCCAUCACGCUGUAUAGAUGCAGGCGCUGCAGAUGUGCUUUGCCAGCCGUUGUACGAGGCCCGUGUUCAAGGUCUUCUUGUGCAUGCUUACCGAGUCCGUCGAACUGCACGGAAAGAGUUGACUAGGUUUUUGUCUAUGAAGAAAGCCAGGAAGCAAUCAUGGGUUGGUGUUCACGCCGAAAAGCCGUACUCUUAUCUCCGGGAAGCAAUGGUGUCAAAAUUGCUCGAGUCGAUAUGCCAUCCCGAACAAGUCAUUGAAGAAUUUCAAGAUGGGGACUUGAAUAUCGCCCCCGAACGAAAAGAAAUGAUUGAACGCGAGGUCGGUGUAUGGGGGUUCCCGGUUCAUCACCUUACAGACGACGAACUCGUAUAUGCCGCGUGCACAAUGAUUGGGCAUGCAAUGACGAUGCCCGAAGUAGGACCUUGGCGAUUAACCAAAGCCGAGCUUCAGACCUUUCUUCUUGCUAGUCGCGCAGCAUACAACUCGUUUGUUCUAUAUCACAACUUCCGUCAUGCAGUCGACGUUUUACAAUCGGUUUUCUACAUUCUCAUCAGAAUCGGCGCCCUCCCCACUUAUGACAACUCCAACACAAACUCAUCACCUUCGAAAUCUCCAGUAGCGUCACUGAUUUCACCAUUUGAUGCUUUGACACUUCUCAUUGCAGCAAUCGGCCACGACGUCGGCCACCCCGGUGUGAACAACGUAUUCCUGGUCAAGCUGAAUGCGCCACUCGCCCAGUUAUACAACGAUAGCUCUGUUUUGGAAUCGUUCCACUGCGCUGCUUUCUCCCAAAUUCUACGUCGCCAUUGGCCUGCCGCUUUUCACGAUAUCAAUAUGCGGAAAUUGCUCAUCAGCUCGAUUCUUGCAACUGAUAUGGGCUUACACUUUACGUUCAUGGGUCGCAUGGGUGAGUUGCAACGAAAAUACGAAGAGAAUGCGGACAUUACCUCUUGGACACCACAGGAUCGCGAUACUUAUAAGACUCUCAUUUGCGGUUUGAUUAUCAAAUGUGCGGAUAUCAGCAAUGUGGCCCGACCAUGGAAGAUCGCGGAACAGUGGACUAACCUCCUACAAGAGGAGUUUGCUCAUCAAGGUGAGAUUGAAAAAGAAAUUGGUAUGGAAACGGCACUCUUUGGUGGACCACCUGAACUCGGCAACAUGCAAAAACUUUCGCUUGGUCAAAUCAACUUUAUGUCGAUCUUUGCCUUGCCUCUAUUUGAAGGAGUUGCCGGUCUCUGCCCAGAGAUAACUUGUACCGUCAAGCACAUCAAAAUGAACAGGUCCAGAUGGCAAGAGGUGACUAGCUGUGAAGAAACACGAGAGGCUCCUACUAUUAUUGCCGAACAUUCUCCACGAUCAUUCAGUCCUGCCAGACGUGAAAGCCUUAAGGUCUCGACUGUACAAGAAAACGAUGGUUCGACGGAUCAAGACAUGAAUGCCCACAUCAUCUUGGACCAACCUCCUGAAGUUACAAAUACAGCACUAUCAUUGACAGCCCAAACCGAUUACGCAAAUGAUCAUAUAGACCUGUCGCAAACCACGAUUGUGGGUUUCAGGACGGCGGCCAAUGGACCAGUACUAGAUGAACCUUCUUCGGAGUCUCCGUCAAGCGAUGAUGAAACUGGCGAGUCAUCAGGUGUUACUUUGAUGGCACGCAACAAAAGUAACAAUGAUCAGGCAUCUUCUUCUGGUCGUGGUUCACGUCCUACGAGCUCAUAUGGAGUCGGUAGGGAUACUAGAACGCAGAGCGCAAGCACUACAACGAACACGGUAGCAACCCCUGUAUCUCCGGCUACAAAUGCAACCAGUUUCGUUACAUUAGAUAGCGAUGACAAGGAAAGUCGGGGAAGUGGAUUGAGCAGCGCAAGUGACGUUUACCCGCUUGAUGAUAACCAUUCACGUCCGUCUUCAUCGGGAUUAUAUGGGCAACGACUUCAACCGAACGGCCAUUCCAUUCCUCCCAAACCCCGCUCAUCUCAGGGCUUUGAGGAGUUCGGAAAAUCACACCACUUGAUGACGGCCAUUUUAGGAAACGGCCAUGAUGGUCACGAUUGUUCGUUGGAAAAAGUGCGGUCUUCACACCGUUCGCAUGAGCAGCUUACAUCUCUCCCUCGUCACGAUCUCCCACGGAAAAGAAGCCGACUACGACUGGCAUUCUGGAGACGGAAGUCUUAG